AUGAUGUUCAUCAUCUCCUCCAGCGCUGGAUCGCGGUGGGCGUCGGCCAACAUCCCUUCGGCUUCUUCCCUGGCUCAUCAGCACUGCCCAUCCAGCUGCGGGGAUUUGAAUAUCUCCUAUCCGUUUGGUAUUGGGCCGGGCUGCUUCCACCGAGGCUUCGAGCUCACCUGCGACCACACGGCUCAUCCACCCAAGCUCUUCUUGGGAAACAGUACCACUACUCAGAUCACUUCUCCACUUUAUUCUAGUGGUCUUUAUACUACUGCUCUUGGUUUCAACGUAACCAUGAGCCAUGGUGUGGACACCUACAACGUGUCCUGGCAGCCCCCUGAUGAGGGUGUUAUUAUCGGUCAUGAUAACAAUUUGUAUGUUGUCGGCUGCAAUGUCGACGUCAUUCUAUUUGGUGACAAUAUGACAGAUCUAAUUGGUUCUUGCAUGAGUGUCUGCACAGACGACAGAGAGGCCAUGGAGAGGGUGAAUUUUGAUGGCUACUGUGAUGGGCUCGGCUGCUGCUACAUCGUGUUGCCAAGGGACCUGCCAGCCUUUAUGCUCCAACUUGUCCGCCGCAACGUUACAGCAGAACAGUUAUUAGACGAUGAAGGGCUCUCCAACGUCAAGGUUCUACUAUCACGAUAUUAUAGCUUUGCUUUGGGUGAUCUAUACAUGAGUUGGGUGAAUAUAAGCAAUGUACAAGAUGCAUGGAUUGAGAUUGCCAUCACGGACCAACCAGAUUGUGAAAGUGCCCAAGUGAAUAAGGACACUUAUGCUUGUAAUGAUGAAAGCAACUGUCAAAACCUACCAUCUGGACGAGGCUACCAAUGCCAGUGUCCCAGUUACAUGCAAGGCAAUCCCUACGUGCGUGAUGGCUGCAUCCAAGCAGCUUACAAUUCAAGGCCCAAAGAGAACUGUACCAGAUCAUGUGGAAACAUGACAAUUCCAUUCCCUUUUGGGAUUGAAGAAGGUUGUUUCGCAAGCGAUGACUUUCAACUCAACUGUACAUCGAGUAAUAUCACUGUUCUUGACCGAAGGUACACACAAUAUCUUGUGGCCAAUGUAUCACUUGAUGAUGGGUUUUUGGCUGCUAGCAACAUGGUGGACAACACAAGCUACAAAUUCAUGCCAAGGGUAGUCGACUCUGACUAUGAUGGUUCUUACCAUUCCGAGUACUUUCAUGAGUCUGUUGUGGACGGUAUUUUUUAUUUCUCACAGGAAGCUGAAAUAAUAAAUUGGGUAAUUGCAAACUUAACUUGUGAACAAGCUAUGCAAAAAAAUGCUAAGUAUGCGUGUAUCAGUCACAACAGUUAUUGCCAAAAUGUCACGCGAGGGAGAACACAUUUUGGAUAUCGUUGCAAAUGUUCCAAUGGCUUCCAAGGAAAUCCAUAUCUGCAAAAUAAUUGUACAGACAUUGAUGAGUGCUCAAUUCCAAAUAAAUGCAAUGGAAUAUGCCACAAUUUUGAUGGAGGCUUCAAUUGUACAAAUUGCACCCACGGGAAGGUGUAUGAUCCAACAAAACAUAAAUGUGUCAUGUCGACUAAGCUACAUAAUAUAAUUCUUGGUAUUGCAAUUGGGAUUGCUUGUUGCCUUGGCUCCAUAAGUGUUGCACUAGGGGUGAUAGUAUUGGCUCGUAAGUGGAAGAAAGGUGUCCAAAGGAGAAUCCGAAGAGCAUGCUUCAAGAAAAAUCAAGGUCUACUCUUGGAGCAACUAAUAUCAAAUGAAAGCACUACUAACAAACCAAAGAUAUUCUCCUUGGAGGAGUUAGAGGAGGCAACCAACAAUUUUGAUGCUACUCGUGUUCUUGGUUGUGGAGGACAUGGAACGGUUUAUAAAGGGAUUCUAUCAGAUCAACGUGUGGUGGCUAUAAAGAAAUCUAAAAUAGUGGAGAAAACAGAGAUAGACCAGUUUAUCAAUGAGGUAGCUAUUUUGUCUCAAAUCAUACAUCGCAAUGUGGUGAAACUUUUUGGUUGUUGCCUAGAAGAUGAUGUACCUUUGCUAGUCUAUGAGUUCAUAUCAAAUGGCACUCUAUAUGACCUUCUUCACACAGAUGUUACAACAAAGUGCUUGCAAUCAUGGGAUGAUCGUAUAAGGAUUGCAACGGAAGCAGCAGGGGCACUUGCUUAUUUACAUUCAGCUGCCGCAAUACCAAUUUUUCAUAGAGAUGUGAAGUCUUCCAAUAUACUCUUGGAUGAAAACUUCACCGCAAAGGUUUCAGACUUUGGUGCUUCAAGAUCUCUUUCACUUGAUGAGACUCAUGUGGUGACAAUUGUUCAAGGAACAUUCGGCUACUUGGACCCCGAAUAUUAUCAUACCGGUCAGCUAACUGAAAAGAGUGAUGUAUAUAGUUUUGGAGUCAUCCUUGUGGAACUUUUGACAAGAAAGAAGCCAAUUUUCAUCAAUAAUUUAGGUGAAAAACAAAGUUUGUCCCAUUACUUUGUUCAAGCACUUCAUGAAAUAUCUCUUAUGGAAAUCAUGGAUCCACAUGUUGCUGAAGAGGCAGACCAGGAAGAUAUUAAUGAAAUCGCCUCCCUCGCAGAAGCAUGCUUAAGGGUCAAAGGUGUAGAGCGACCAACUAUGAAAGAAGUAGACAUGAGGUUACAAUUCCUAAGAACAAAGAGACUGAGAAAAAGACAUCAUUUACCUGAACAAGAUGGAGAUAUUGAGGCUUUGUUACACCUAGAAGCUAAGAAUUUAAAUGAACAUAUUGAUCUUGUCAAUGCUGCCCAUGUAAUACCUCAAGUGUCCUCUAGGUGCUACAGUUUGGAGCAAGAAUAUGUGUCUUCAUUUAGGUCACGUAACUAA